CCAGACAACCCUGAGAGCCUCAAGCCUCGUGCGCUUGGUGCGUGCCAUGCACAGCAGGGCUGGGGUCACUGAAUGGCUACGUACAAUAACGUCAGGGUUCUGGUGGGCUUUCCAGGCCUAUUAGAGCGCACGAUCGUACAGUUUGUCGAAAAGGUACCGUCGCAGAAGGUAUGUAGCCUGUGCGGUACCGUGCCUAAACGCCUCAACAUCGCGAGCUGCAGCCAUCCGUUCUGCAACAUUUGCUUGGAUCUCAUUGUGCAACAAAGCCAUGUCUGUCCAUUGGACCUGUUCGUCCUCAAGCCAGCUGACACUGUCCAGAAGGACAAUGGCGACAAUGACAUCGGCUCCAUCUUCUGUCCGAACAACAUACACGGGUGCGCCUUUACCGGAACAGCCACAGAGACCCUUAGCCGUCACCUUUCCGAGUGCUGUCAUCACCAGGUACAAUGCAGAAAGUGUUUAGCGAUGACGAGUCAUUCUAACAUUCUCGAGCAUGUGACGACCUGCCAACGACUAGCGCCCGAGUGCAGAAGUGACACUGUGGCCGUUGAUCUGAGGAAGCCAAGCCAGAAUGUGACACAGCCAGCCGCAGACUCUCAAGAAACUACUGACGAAUGCCUUCCCGCCAAAUUGUUCAGCGCAGAAAGCUGUGAUUCGGCCAUGUCGAAGCUUCUAAAAAUUCAAGAUGCGAUCAAUUCUCUCCAAUCUUUGGUGCAAGAUCGAAUACCGUCGGUGAUACAGCUGAAUACAGCGAUAAGGUCUGCGACGGGUAAGACGACGGAGGAACAGACAUGCGUAGUGAACGACCCACGAGUUGUAGGGUGCAAAGACUUCCUGGACAGAAAGGUGGACAAGAAAUUGCCGGAGUGCGUGACAGUUACUUGCAGGGACGUAAUCCCAGCUGAAGUAUGCGACAUUCUUGGAAAAAUGGACCUACUGGAAAGGAAAUUGUCUCUGAUCCAAAUGAGGACAUGCAAGACAAAAGCCUUCUGGCAUGUCGACAGAUACGCUAGUUUCAAGAAUGAGGUCGACCCUGAACUGCAGCUGGCUAGCAGGUUCAGCGAACCGCUCAUCGUUGCGGGAUACACUGUCAAGCUGCAGGUAGACAUCGAUAAAGGUGACCCUUCAAGCGCGUGGCUCGGCAUGUACGCCAUCUUCAUGAAGGGUCCCGCUGACGAGUUCCUCGACUGGCCCGUCAAGAAGCCCAUCCUUUUCACCCUGGUACACCCGGAGACCGGCAAAAAGAACGUCAAGAGGCACUUGAUUCCUGGUGCGAGAAAGGACUUGAUCACCUGUUUCUCUCGACCGGGCAGCGCCGGAGCAAAUGAAGGAUGCGGCUACGACCGCGUCAUACAAAUCGAAACCAUGGAGAAAGAGGGAUUCAUCCUCAACGAUGCUUUCACCAUUGCUCUGUCCGUCAGACAAACCAUGCCUAUGCGCUUCAUCGACUAGAAGAAGAUAAUUUUGCCGAGAUUUUAGUAAAUUUUGGGAACUGUCUUCCAGAACUGA